UUGCUCGUGCUCGGGUUCAAGAAAAACAGCAAGUUGAAAUGCCUUUGUCUCACUUGCAUGUAAGCAUAGGACACCAAAUAACACCAGACAGGACGACAGAUCAUUUCCAUUAUGGAGCAAACUGAAAGAAUGACAACUAUGGAGAUGAACUUUACUUCCCCUCCUUUUUAUGAUUAUUCAGAGCCUUGUUAUAAUGUUCCUGUGUUGAAUCCAACAAUCAUGGCUGCUGUCUAUUGCCUGGUUUUUACCAUUGGACUUCUGGGUAACAGCACCAUAGUGUGGCUGUUGCUGAAGAUCAUGCGAAUAAAGACCAUGACAGAUGUGUGCCUGCUGAAUUUGGCAAUUUCUGACCUGAUCACUGUGCUUUCACUGCCCUCAUGGGCGCUUUACAUCAAGGGGAAUUUAUCUGAUGCUAAUGCCAUGUGCAAGCUCAUGUUUGGUACCUAUCAACUGGGCUUCUACAGUGGCAUACUUUUCGUGAUGCUGAUGAGCAUUGACCGCUACUUGGCCAUCGUCCAUGCAGUGGCAUCUUUGGGAGCACGGACUUUGCGUUAUGCCAUUACUGCUAGCCUUGUCAUCUGGACCAUCUCCUUCUGCGCUGCACUCCCAGGGGCCCUUUUCCACAACAUGAUCAAAGACAUAGAUAACAUCACGCAGUGUGAUUGGGACAACAGAGAAGGAUCAGUCAAGACAUGGAAGCUGUUCCUUAAUUUUAGUCAAAAUACAGCAGUGAUCUUUGUCUCACUGCCUGUCACAAUCUAUUGCUAUGUCAGAAUCCUGCUGGUGCUGAGGAGGACAAAGAAUUCUAAGCGUGGACGAGCCAUGAAGUUAAUUUUUGCCAUUGUUGCUGUCUUCGUAGUCUUCUGGGUACCAUACAAUGUAGCCGUGUUUUUACAGAUCCUACAGGACUUUGAGAUCAAUGACACAUGUGACAGCGGUAAUCAGAUAACAACUGCCCUAUCUGUGACUGAGACCAUCGCAUUAUCCCACUGCUGUGUGAAUCCUGUGAUCUAUGCUUUUGUUGGGGAAAAAUUCAGGAAAUGCCUGGCCAGAGAGUUUUCAAAAUGGCUACUUUGUGCAAAGUUUUACAAACCAGCAUCGAUGUAUUCAAAAACCUCAGAAAAUGAAACAUCCAACACACCUUUAUAGGAGAACUAUUUUUAUAAUAUCUGUAUAUAUUUAUGUAUUUGUGUAAAUGUGACAAGAUAUUGAAGGUGACUUGAACUAAACUGUACAUAUUUCUUCUUAUCAAAAUCAGUUAAUGUAUUAGGAUAGCAUUGCCAUCUUACAACUCCAGGGUACCUGGUUCAAUCUUGUUUGUGUCCAUGUUAAAAUUUCACAUUUUUCCUGUGUCUUUCUGGGUUCUUUAGCUUCCGCCAACCUUCCAAAACACACCAGUACAUACCAUGAUAUGGACUGGUGUCCCAUUAAGUAUGAAUUACCACAAUUGCACCCAGUCUUCCCAGAAUACACUCCAGAUACACUGCAACCCUAACCAGAUUAAAGCAGUUACUGAAAAAGA